AGCCCUUUCGACAACCAGCAUUUCCCGACCGCACUUGAAAGCGGCACGGAGCAUCCUCACACCAGCGCGUCACGGUGACGUCCUGACUGUGCGGAGAAAAAAAUAGGUGCCCUUACAGUUAAAAACCAACAGCUCUGGAGAUUUAAUAUUUGUUUUUCUUUAUGUAAGAAGGGCGUCUGAGAGGCUCGGGAGAGAAGCGGCAUGAUGCAGCGGAGCGCAGUGAUCGUGGUGGCGGACAAGACGAGCCUGAAGAGGCCGUUUAUCUUCGCAAAUGCUGUUCAUAUGGCGCUGUGCUUCUUCAUGUUGACGAUGACUGUAGCCUGGCACCGAGACCUCCUGCAAACCGGCAAACUGGUGUCCAAUGUUUCUGUUGUGAUCAUGUACGUCAUGGAGAUCGGCUGCCUGCUGCUCUCUGUGCUCGGGGUGUUCGGAGCCUGUACAGGAAAGAGAUGGUGUCUGAUUCUGUAUGCAACUGGGAUGGCAGCAGCCAGUCAAACAAUCAUUGUGAGAACAGCACUAAGUUACCAGGAUAUUUAUGAGAAACGUGUGGUCCGUGAAGAGACCAAGUUGCUGUCCAUGAUGCCACUUUCUGGAACCAGCAAAGCCAACAGGACCCUGCUGUACAGUAUUCAACAAGAAUUUGAGUGCUGCGGUCUUAUCGAAGGCUACAAAGACUGGGGCUCCUCCAUCCCUCCUUCCUGUAACUGUCAGUAUCCAGGAAAAUGCAUUCGACUACGGGGCAGCGCCACACUCGGGGCUCCCAAGAACCAGUAUGUUUAUCAAGAGCCUUGCCUACCAAUUUAUGUUUCUGAACUGAAGCUUGCAUUCUCGCUGGCGAUGGGUAUACAGUUUGGAAGUGGAGUGUUUUGGGUGGUUUUACUCGUCAUGAGCAUCAAGCUGAUGGGCCAGAUAAAGAGGAAACAGGAGUUCAUGGCUCUCCUCCAAUCAAACAGAUAUGUUCCUGGUGCCUUCUAGUCACCGUUUUUGUUAUACAAAUUCCAAGUUAUUAUCAAAAGUACCUUGUAUUGAAUUUGCACAUGUAAACACAUACUGCUGUAUACCAUAAUCUGGCUAAUUUGUGCUAUAGCAACACAUGUUGACAUUGUAAUUUUCUAUUAACACGUGUUUAAUGCAUGUAACAGCUAUUGGAAAGUAACCAACAUGCAAAGAUACAUUUCAAAUAAGUCUUUUUCUUUUUGCAGUUUAAGGAAAUUUAUUGAUCUCCAUCACAUAUUCACAUUGCUUUUCUGUUACCUUACCGAGCAAUAACCUGCUGUUUGUUCUCUUUGAGUAGCCGCAGUCUAUCCUGGAAUUUUGCUAUUUACAGUAAGUGUUGUUUUAUCUGGAUAUUAUUCCUUUUCUCCAUUUCCUCCGUUCCUGGACACACCAGUGAGUCAGAUAUUAAAGGGUAAUUUGAGUAUUUAUCUACCUGGACUUCAUUUUGCCAUAUUUUUGUGUGUAACCUAUUAAUGGGGGCAACAUUUUUUUAAUCCAAUGCAGUGAAUAAAAGGGUUUAUUUCACCUGAAGCAGAGUUGGUAAAAAGUGGAAAGAUGAACCGGUGUGGUCUGGGUGAGUUUUAGCCUGGUUAAACAAAAGGAUCUUGGGAUUUAUCGAAAAAAAGUCUUCAUCUCUCGUUAUCCUUUCCGUAACAUUGUCCUAUACACUCAGAAUAACGCCGUCUUGGUUAGUCUUUCCAUUGUUCCAACAAUCACCAACCCAAGUUUGGUUAAAUGGACCCUUGAAUUGAUUCACUGCAUUUGAUUUAAAUAUUCGGUUUGUUCCUUUGCUUUGUUUGGGGGAGGGGGGGGUUGGGUCUGAAGAUACCUCCUGCUGGCAGAGUUAAAGAUUUUACAAUUUUGAGACGAAUGUAGUCUUCAUGAUCAUACGACACGUGACCAGUUGAUGCUAGUGAACCAGUAAACACAACGAAAUACAUUUACUCGAUUAAUGGCUUUAAUAUAAACACUUUGUCGACUGGACCAACUUUUCUUAAACAUGCAUAUUUAGAUACGCGUACAUGUCUUUAGCUCACGCAUUGAAUUUUCAGCAGUAUAGCAGACCACUAACCUCUGAGCAAAAUAAUAGUAUUAAUGAGCCUCAUGUAGCACCUUUCUUAAACAGUGUUUACAAAGCGCUUUCAUUGAGAUAUAAUCGUUUAGUUAUCGCUGAGCAAUGUAAUUUUUCUUGGGUGAAUAAUCAGGUUAGACAAAGGAAUGAGCCGCACGGCUCUCAUUGGGACACCAGAAUGUCUUGAUGCCUUGUGAAUAAGCACAUUGUAUAUCUGAAACCUCAUCACUCCGUCUAGUUUCUCUAAAGCACAUUUAGCGAGUAGGUGACCAUGUCCGCCAGAAGGAGAGGGGACUCUGGUUGGUUGCACAUUCAGUAGACAUGCAGUAAAUCCUGAACUAAGUCUGCCUCCACAAUUUGGAUUUCAAGGUUUGGAGAAAUGUUGGCAGGGGGGGACCUGCAGUCGGACAGGUCGUGAGAGGCUCUCGUAAGGAAACGUGUCACCGAUGUUCUUGCAGAGACUGUAAUGUCCCAACUGAUGCCACUCUCACCGAAGAAGCCUUUUACGCCACAUCACUUCCAAAUAUGACUUGCUGCAUGAGCUGCCUGCGGUUGAAAUGUCUCCUUGACUAAUAUGCUGUCAAACGUAUUUCAUCUGAAAACGGCAGGUCCAGUGUCUACCAGUGCACUUUAACCAUUAAUGCCUAAUAUACGACAUGUUCUUGCAAAGUACAGUAUUAUUGUUUCUGUCACACACUUUUUUUUUUAAUUUAUUUACGGAAUGAACGUAUGUAAAAUUUUGUAAAUAGCAGGAAUAAAAUAUGUGAUUCUUG